CCGGGCGGGGGGCUCGGAGAGGUUUGUCCGCUCCUGUCACCUGACUCCUAGAAGAAACCAAACCUGAAGUCGGGGGAGGAGGCUGGGGCUCCUCGGCCAACGAGAGAGGCGGAAGAGGAGGCGGUAGCAGCCCUUAGCAGAAGAUGUCGGGUCAAACGCUCACCGACCGCAUCGCAGCCGCUCAGUACAGCGUGACGGGCUCAGCUGUGGCCAGGGCCGUCUGCAAAGCAACCACUCACGAAGUCAUGGGGCCCAAGAAAAAGCACCUGGACUAUUUGAUCCAGGCCACCAAUGAGACAAAUGUUAAUAUCCCUCAGAUGGCUGACACACUGUUUGAAAGAGCAACGAACAGUAGCUGGGUGGUGGUUUUCAAAGCUUUAGUAACAACACAUCAUCUAAUGGUCCAUGGCAAUGAGAGAUUUAUUCAGUAUUUGGCUUCUAGAAAUACGUUAUUCAAUCUCAGCAAUUUUUUGGAUAAAAGUGGAUCCCACGGUUAUGAUAUGUCUACCUUUAUAAGGCGCUACAGUAGAUACCUAAAUGAAAAGGCUUUCUCAUACAGGCAAAUGGCAUUUGACUUUGCAAGAGUAAAGAAGGGGGCUGAUGGUGUAAUGAGGACGAUGGCUCCUGAAAAACUGCUGAAGAGUAUGCCUAUAUUGCAGGGACAGAUAGAUGCACUGCUUGAGUUUGAUGUUCACCCAAAUGAACUGACAAAUGGUGUCAUAAAUGCUGCAUUUAUGCUUCUUUUCAAAGAUCUUAUCAAGCUUUUUGCUUGCUACAAUGAUGGAGUUAUAAACUUACUAGAAAAGUUUUUUGAAAUGAAGAAGGGGCAAUGUAAAGAUGCUCUAGAAAUUUACAAACGAUUUCUAACUAGAAUGACCAGAGUGUCUGAAUUCCUUAAAGUGGCAGAACAAGUUGGUAUUGAUAAAGGGGACAUUCCUGAUCUUACACAGGAAUUGAUGUCAGAAAUUCUGAUUGACCUGCAAAUCAUUGAUAAUGAAAGCUUUCCACCCAAAGAGAAUGCUACUGAUGUAUUGGCUCCCAGCAGUCUUAUGGAGACCCUUGAACAACAUCUAAAUACAUUAGAAGGAAAGAAAACUGGAAACAAUGAAGGAUCUGGUGCUCCCUCUCCAUUGAGCAAGUCUUCUCCAGUUACAACAGUUACAUCUCCUAGUUCCACCCCAGCCAAAACUAUUGAUACCUCCCCACCAGUUGAUUUAUUUGCAACUUCAUCUACAGCAGCUCCCAUCAGUACUUCUAAACCAUCCAGUGAUCUCCUUGACCUCCAGCCAGACUUUUCAUCUGGAGGACAGGCAGCGGCUGCAGCAGCGCCUUCCGGAGGAGCAACCGCAUGGGGAGACCUUUUGGGAGAGGACACUUUGACUUCACUUUCCAUUGUAACCUCCGAGGCACCGGUUUCCGAUCCGUUUGCACCAGAACCUAGUCCUCCUACUGCUCCAACUACUGAAAUUGCAACUGCUGCAGCUUCAGCUUCAACUACCACAACUAUCACUGCUGUCACUGCUGAAGUGGACCUUUUCGGAGAUGCCUUUGCAGCUUCUCCUGGAGAAGCCCCUACAGCAGCUGAAGGGGCAGCAGCACCAGCUACCCCAACCCCUGUAGCGGCAGCCCUUGAUGCAUGUUCAGGAAAUGACCCCUUUGCCCCAUCCGAAGGUAGUGCAGAGGCCGCUCCCGAGCUGGAUCUUUUUGCAAUGAAGCCACCCGAGGCCAGUGCUCCUGUAGUUACCCCUACAACUAGCGCAGCCCCUCCGGUUCCCGCAACAACUCCUUCUCCUGCUGUCACUGCUACCACUCCUGCUGCCGCCGCCACCACCGUCACCACCACCACCACAUCCGCCACCACCACCACAACCACCACCGCUCCUCCUCCUCCUCUAGAUAUCUUUGGUGAUUUAUUUGAGUCCACUCCUGAUGCUGCUGCAGUGCCCAAAGCAGAUGCUACUCCUAGCAUAGACCUGUUUGGUACAGAUGCUUUCUCAUCUCCACCCCAAGGGGCUUCUCCCGUGCCUGAGAGUUCUCUCACUGCUGAUCUCUUGUCUGUGGAUGCAUUUGCAGCUCCAUCUCCUGUAGCCACUGCUUCUCCGGCUAAGGUGGACUCUUCAGGUGUGAUUGACCUUUUCGGGGAUGCUUUUGGAAGCAGCACUCCUGAGCCCCAACCAGCACCCCAAGCUGCUUCUAGUUCCUCAGCUUCAGCAGACCUACUAGCUGGCUUUGGAGGGUCUUUCAUUGCUCCUUCUCCAUCACCCGUGACUCCAGCUCAAAACAACCUGUUGCAACCCAAUUUUGAAGCUGCUUUUGGAGCAUCUCCUUCAACUACUGGCAGCAGUUCCUUUGAUCCAUCAGUGUUUGAUGGCUUAGGGGAUCUUCUUAUGCCAACCAUGACUCCUGCUGGUCAAACUGCACCUGCUUCAGCUGUGACCCCAAGUACUGUUAUGGCAGCAAGCAAAGGACUAGGAAGUGAUCUGGAUUCAUCGCUUGCAAAUUUAGUAGGCAACCUUGGGAUUUCUGGAACCACAACCAAAAAGGGUGAUCUUCAGUGGAAUGCUGGGGAAAAGAAAUUAACAGGUGGAGCCAACUGGCAGCCCAAAGUAGCACCAGCAACGUGGUCAACUGGUGUGCCGCCUAGUGGCACAUUGCCAGGAACUGUACCUCCAGCUAGUUCAGUUCCCCCAGGGACCGGAGCCCCAUCUGGAGCCCAGCCAGGAGCAGGAUUUGGAAUGCCUCCUGCUGCUGGCGGCGGUGUGCCCCUGAUGCCCCAGCAGCCUGUUAUGUUUGCACAGCCCAUGAUGAGGCCACCGUUUGGAGCCGCCUCCGGUCCAGGUGCACAACUUUCUCCAAGCCCUACACCUGCCACUCAGAGUCCCAAGAAACCUCCAACAAAGGACCCAUUAGCGGAUCUAAACAUCAAGGAUUUCUUGUAGACAAUUUAAGCUGCAGUUUUUGUGACUGGAUAGAAAAAGUGAGUUUGGAGACUACAUAUAAGAUUGAUGCUCAGAGUUUCAAAGUGAGCCACCAGUACCAAACCCAAUGCUUAUUCAUACUUUCCAAAAAAAUGUGUAGCACAGCUGUGAAAGUGAACAUUAGGAAUGUGUACUACUUUAGCUGUUAUCCCUAUUCUCUAAAUUUUGGUGUAUUUGGGUUAUUUGUGUGUUUUACAAUUUAAACAAUGGAUGUAUGUUUCUGAUGCCUUUAGUGCUUUUCUGGACCUAAUUCCCAGGACAGAAUAUGCAGCUAUUGUGUGGUGAAGCCAUUUGGAGCGAUGUGUCUGUGUUUUUGAAGGUUUGAUGUAUAUAACUUUUGGACAAACCCUAAAAAUCUUCCCCAAGUUCUGUUUCCUUCUGGAUAUCUGUUUCAAAUCUUGUGCCUGAUGAAACCAGAUAGUAAGGAAAACACUCUUAAUAGACAAACCUUUUUUGGUGUGGAGUACAUUUUUCCAGUCACAGGAAUUUCAAUUAUUGUGGGAAAUGUUUAUUUUUGUGGCACUGUAUAUGUUAAGAAAUAUUAUUUAAAGUAAUAUAAAGGUAACCUUCCAUGAUACUUCUUUCAAACUACCUUACCCAGAUGGAAAAAUCAUGUCUGGAAGAACAUUGUAUUUGUCACCCUUUAUUUUAAGAUAUGUAUUUUAAUUAUGUUUAACAGGUUUUUGCAUCUAAAUUGGCUUAUUUAUCCAUUCCUAUUGAUUGCACUGAAAGUAAGUAAAGGGUCUGUUUUAUUUAUUUAGUUAAAUGAGCAACCAUAGUUGUGCUAUCUUACAAGGGAUUUCAGAUUAUGACAUAGUCACUCACGUGGAGUCAAAGCAUUUCUGCAGAAGUUUCAUUUUUACUUCAGCUUGUAUGUACAUCAGUUUAUUUAGUGCUUUGUGUGCGUGUGUGUGUGUGUGUGUGUGUGUGUGUGUAUGUAUUGUAGACUAGUGUUUCUCCAUUCCUUAUCUGAGCUGAGUAGGGUUUUGGGUUUUUUUGUUUUUUGGGUUUUGUUUUUUUUGUACUGUGUGAUUAGAAUUCAUACCAAUCCAGAAAACCCACACCCUUUACUGUACAUACUGUGUUCCUUUCAUUUUUAGUUUAUUCUCAUCCUGUUUGUGCUGACGGCUUGGCUUAAGAUUUUGACGCAUAAAUGAGGUCACUGUUGAUCAGUGUUACAAGUGGCUUGGCAGCUCUUUGUAAAAGCAUACUGGGUUGGAAAGAUGUUGGCCUAAGUCUUUCAAAUUAUUUAAUCGAUGUAUGGUACCAUUUAAAAGUGGUUGUAUCUGAGUUUACUGUGGGGAUGACAUACACUGUAAGGGGGAAAAUUACCUAAAGCUAAUUUCAAAAUGGCUUUUCUUUGUAUUUCGGUUUAAAAACCCAGUGCAUGUAUAUGCCCUCCGAGAUGCAAUAAACACCUUGAACAAAGAAAAUGCAAACAUGA